AUGGAAACUAAGGAGAGCAAAGUACCGGAACCGGAAGAAGAUGUGAAGAAAGAUGAGGGUGUAGUUGAGCCACCCUCUACGGAGGGGGUCCCAGGAUUAGAUGAUGACUCCGGGGGAUAUGGGGCGGGGUCAGAGAGCACUAUAUCCAGUGGGAUAGGGACGGGAAAGAGCUCGGAGAAUAGCUCCGACACAAUGUCUGUGAGUUCCGGUGGAACUGUUCAGUCCGUGCCGACUUCCGGGAAAGUUCUAGGUCUUUGUCAGAGGGGUGAAUGGAUGGUACUUGACCAGCAUUUGAGGACACUCCAAAAGGGUCACACCGACCUCUCACAACAGGACGAGGAGACUGGACAGACCCCCCUAAUGGUGGUGGUUAAGGAGAAUAAGCUAGUGGUAGCUGAGAGACUUCUAGACCUUGGAGCACAGAUCAACGAACGCGCUAAGGACGAUCGGACCGCCCUCCAUUUUGCUGCAGCCUUUGCCAAAGAUGACGUAGUACGACUCCUUAUCAACAGGAAAGCAGAUGUCAACUUACCGGGAGGGCCUAAGGGCCAGUUGCCCUUACAUAUGGCGUGUGCUCGAUCUAGUGGAGCAGUCACUGUAGUCCAACUACUACUCAAAGCUUCCAACAAAGAUGGCCGUCUUUUCCCAGACAAGAAUGGUGCCAUACCCCUGUUCCUGGCUGCAGAGGCUGGCAAUGUGGCUGUGUGUAAGGAACUGCUGUAUCAACAUGCUGACCAACAACUUAAGAUGCAGCGGAAGGACAAUGGGGAUACAGUGCUACACAUCUCCUGUCGCCGACGAGACCUAGAUUUCGCCAAGAUGUUAGUCGACUCAGGUGCACCAGUAGACACCAUGAAUGAUGAGAAACAGACUCCCCUCCACUUAGCUGCCUGGGAGGGUGAUGAACAGAUGGUGAAAUAUUUGUAUCAGAUGAAGGCAAACCCCAACCUCACUGACAAGUUUGACCGUGGUCCAGUGCACAUUGCAGCUGAACGAGGCCACACCAAUGUGGUUGACCUUUUAGUGGACAAAUGUAAGGCAUCCAUCUCCGCCCGUACCAAGGAUGGAAGCACACUCAUGCACAUCGCCUCACAGUAUGGCCACCCAGAAACAGCUCUUGCCUUCCUUAGGAAGGGUGUGCCCCUACACAUGCCAAAUAAGUCAGGGGCAAUCUGUUUACAUGCAGCAGCCAUGAAAGGUCAUACCAAUGUUGUUCGGUCAUUACUGACCAAAGGUGCAUCUGUGGACUCCAAAACCAAGGAUGGAUACACUCCUCUACAUCUGGCUGUAGAGUAUUGUAAACCUCAGGUAGUACAGAUGCUGCUUGGUUUUGGGGCACAGGUUGAGCUGAAGGGUGGACAGGCUCAAGAAACGCCACUGCACAUUGCAGCAAGAACCAAAGAGGGAGAGAAGUGUGGGGAAAUGCUGCUGAAAAGUGGAGCCAAUGUGAAUGCUUCACAAGAGAAUGGAGAAACUGCUAUGCAUAUAGCUGCUCGUUAUGGUCAGUUAAAGAUGGUAAUCGCUCUGCUUGAGGAGGGAGGUAACCCUACACAACAGUCCAAGGUUGGUGAAACGCCACUCCAUGUAGCAGUACGACACUGUCACCUGGAGGUUACCAAGGAACUCCUACUGUACGUCACCAGACACAAGUCACGCAUUGAUGCAGUCAUGUUGGUUAAUCAACACAACUGGGAGGGAGAAACCUCAGUACACUAUGUGGCUGAACUCACUAAGAACAUGGCUCACAGUGAGUUUGAGGACACUGAUAUCACUAGACUGCUGCUGCAGUAUGAUGGGGACACGGGGACACAGACUAAACUGACUCAUGAAUCUCCACUACACUAUAGUGCCAGGUCAGGAAAUGAAGACAUCUUGAUGGAAAUUGUUAAAAAUAUCAAAACUAGUGUCCAGUCAGCAGUCAAUACACAGUCAAAGAAUGGAUGGUCUCCCUUGUUAGUGGCCAGUGAGCAAGGUCACCUUCAGAUUGUUAAGAUACUCCUCCAGAACCAUGCUCGAGUAGAUGUGUUUGAUGAGCAUCAUGGAAAGGCAGCUCUUCACCUAGCAGCAGAAAAUGGCCAUGACCUUGUCGCUGAUGUCCUACUGUGGCACAAAGCAUUUGUCAAUGCCAAAUCUAAACUAGGGGUCACACCACUCCAUCUGGCAGCGCAGAAUGGAUACAACAAACUAGUGAAACUCCUGCUGGAGACCCAUGGGGCUACUAUUGAUGCCCUGUCUCUGGCCAAAAGGACUCCAUUACACUAUGCAGCCCAGAACGGUCAGAUGGAGGUGUGCAGUACUCUCCUCAAGAUGAAGGCAGAUGCCAAUGCUACAGACGUUCACGGUCAAACCCCUCUGCAUCUUGCCGCAGAGAACGACCACUCAGAUGUGGUCAAGCUGUUUCUGAAGUAUCGCCCAGAACUUGUUACCAUGGCAAAUACUGAUGAGAAUGGGAUGACCUGUGCCCACAUCGCCGCCGCUAAGGGGAGUGUGGCGGUCAUCAAGGAACUGAUGAGGUUCAACAAAGGUGUGGUGACCACUGCAAAAAAUAGAACAAGCGAGUCAACAGCGCUUCACCUGGCAGCAGCUGGAGGUCAUAAAGAGGUUUUACAGGUGUUACUAAAUGCAGGGGCACUUGCUACAGAAGAGAAUGCUGACGGGAUGACAGUGAUUCACUUGGCUGGAAAGCAUGGACAUGUACACAUACUUGAGGCCCUUAAAGGUCAAGUGUCAUGGAGGAUAACCAGUAAAAAGACUGGAUUAUCUGCCCUCCAUGUGGCUGCCCACUUUGGCCAGGUGAACUUUGUAAGGGAGAUGCUGACUAAAGUUCCAGCCACAGUCAAGAGUGAGAUGCCAGGUGGUACAGGGGAUGCUGCCCUAAGUGGAUUUUCAGCAGAGCAUAAAGCUUUACACAAAUGGUUAAAUCAAACUCAGUUGUUUCCAGAACAGUCGGGACUGACUCCUCUUCAUCUAGCUGCCCAGUCUGGUCACGAGGGACUUGUGCGACUCCUUCUCAACUCCCCAGGGGUACAGGCUGACGUCUCCACUAAUGCUCAGGGGGCUAUUCCCCUCCAUCUGGCUGCCCAGGGCGGACACACUGCUGUGGUCAGUCUCCUACUGAGUAAGUCUACAACACAACUUCAUCUCAAGGACAAACGAGGUCGCACUGCUCUUCACCUUGCUGCAGCUAAUGGCCACCUUGAUAUGGUUGCUCUGUUGCUAGGACAAGGAGCUGACAUCAACGCCUGCGACAAAAAUGGCUGGACAGCCCUCCAUUUCUCAGCCAAGGCAGGCUACCUCACCGUUGUCAAGCUUCUAGUAGAGGGGGCAGCAUCCCCCAAAUUUGAGACCAAGGAUGGUAAGGUACCGAUUUGUUACGCAGCAGCUGCGAACCACUCAGACGUACUUAGUUAUCUGAUGAGAAAGGACCACAACACACAACAUCUCAUGGAUGAUAAAAAGUUUGUGUUUGACUUGAUGGUUUGUGGGAAGAUGAACAACAAUAAGUGUAUUGAGGAGUUCAUCCUUCUAUCUCCAGCUCCAGUGGACACUGCCGCUAAAAUGUCCAAAAACUUCCGUCUCCUGGCUAUAAAGGAGAAGGAGAGGUCACGUGACCUAACAUCUGCGGGUAACUACUGUGAAUUCAUGGCAACAGAGCUGUUGGCAAUUGCAGCAAGUGCUAAUAGUGCAGGUACACUACUGAAGGCAGUCGACUGUCACGGUACACAAUUCCUGGAUGUACUGAUUGAGCACGAGCAGAAGGAAGUGGUGUCACACCCCGCAGUACAGAAGUAUCUGUCAGAUGUGUGGGUGGGAAAUCUACGUUGGGCCACCUGGAAGAUUGUGAUGCUGUUCAUGGCCUUUCUGUUUAUUCCAAUUGUAUGGCUCAUAUUCUCCAUGCCACUUAAACACAGGUUUAACAAGGUGCCUAUUAUCAAGUUCAUGGCUUAUCUAGUUUCUCAUCUCUACCUGAUGAUCCUGUUUUCACUAACCGUGGUUUUACCUCUCGUACCCAUUUGGCAGUCAGGCAGCCUGAUCCCCCACUGGUAUGAAUGGCUGCUUCUUGCAUGGUUGUCUGGCCUCCUUGUGUCUGAACUUACAAAUCCAGGAGACCGUGGUGGCCUUGGCUGGAUCAAGGUCAUCUCCAUAGGACUCAGUUCCAUUGGAAUUUUCGUCCAUGUUAUAGCUUUUGCAUUCGACACACAAAACCGACUGCUCAUGUUAUACAUCAGAAACCAAUUCUUCGCAUGUGCACUUCUUAUGUCUUUUGUACAGUUGCUGGACUUUUUGUCAUUUCAUCAUCUAUUUGGACCUUGGGCAAUUAUCAUCAGAGAUUUGUUGAAAGACUUAACACGAUUUUUAGUUAUUUUGUUAAUAUUUAUCACAGGUUUUACUUUACACCUCUCUGCAAUAUACCAGCCAGUGUACAGUCCUGUGGCUGAAAACAGUGCCCUCGGGACAGGUGUUGGUAAUGGAGAACCUUUAACCUACAUGACACCAAUUGACACAUUUGAGUUACUUUUCUUCUCCCUUUUUGGGUUGGUAGACCCGGAGAGUCUGCCCACCACCUACAGGAGUCCAUUCUGGGUGAUAAGUCUCGCUAAGAUUGUGUUUGGGAUCUACAUGAUGGUCACACUCAUUGUGCUUAUCAACCUUCUCAUUGCCAUGAUGUCGGACACCUACCAGCGAAUCCAGCAACAGUCCGACAUGGAGUGGAAGUUUGGCCGAGCCAAACUUAUCAGGAAUAUGAAUAAGACUUCUGCGACUCCUUCUCCUCUGAACCUGUUCACAAAGCUCAUCACCUACUGUCGAGUGGCCUAUAAACAUAGGGGUAAGCUCUGUAAUGGUCAGUCUCAGGACUUUGUACAUGAGGAUGAGGAUCUAGACAAUGUCUCUGACUCUCGAUCAGUUGACCUCCUUGCUCACAAUUCUGUGAGUUGGCUACGCAAUGUUGUGCGACGAAAUACACAGGUUGCUCCAGAAGGUGGUUUCUUGCGUGUGGGUGGUCACCAUGGUCCACAGCGCCUGGAGGAUGUCGUAGAUUGGUUGAUGGUGGUAAAGAAAUACCUCUCAAUGCAGGGAAGAGAGGAUAGUGACCAUACAAUCACUGAUGAGGAUGAUGUUGAAAAAAAUGGUGACAUUACUGGAAAUAUGAUCUACAAAAUGGGGGCACAAGACAACAUGGAGAAGUCUAACAAAGACCACAAAUCCUAG